CCAGGUGGGCUGAUGGGAUGGUCGAUGACUCAACUGGUGACUCCAACUUAUCGAUAAAGCUCUCCCAUUCCCCCUACCAUGUACUCUCGACCGGAACACUUCUUCAAAUAUUUACCUCGAUAUCCUUGUAUCUUUUGUUCAUUGGGCAAAAGAAAACUAUGAUCACUCGAAUACAACUUCAUAUCCGCCAACAGUAACGGCGAUCCGAUCCACCGACCAAUAACGUCAUUACUCCAAAAGGCGGCACAGCGAUCAAUCGACACGGUUGAACUUACCAACUCCACACGAUGCCUGCAACCAGGAAACUGACCCAUGAGGAGCGAAAACGAGGUGAAGUCGCCCUUAGUGAAUUCGCCGAGUAUGCCGAAAAACAGCAAGCCCACCGCUCCGGCCAAGUCGCACCCAGCGACAGCGGAUAUUCCACCGCCAGCGUGUCGCGCGAUCUUGAGGACCAUGCAGAGCUCGAUAUUCUUGAUCAGCUAGGGUUGUCCGAUGCCCCCCAAACAGCCAAACUUAAGGAGCUCCUUCUCGGUACUGGCGAUGUCUUCGAAGAUAACCUACAAGUGCUAGCUGGAACAUUACAAACACGCAUUGACGAAGGCCAUGGGGAAACCAUUUUUGACCUCGGGUUGGAAGAUGGUGGUGAAUCCAUGGGCUUCGACCUCGAUCAAUGGAAGACGGCACUGCAGCGUCUGCGUGAAGCGGCCGAGACCAUCCCCGCCCACUGCCGAGUAUUGCUGACCUACAACGUCGGAGGCCCUGAAGAAUCGCCUGUCACAAAUGACCGGGUACAGGGCGCUUGGGGCAAGGUCCUUGUGCGCCAUCACGCUGAUAACAUCGAGGAGAUGGCAGAGCUCCGGAUUGCCGUAGUGGGGAAUGUCGAUGCUGGAAAGAGCACCAUGCUGGGAGUGCUGGUGAAAGGUGGUCUUGACGAUGGACGUGGUCGUGCGCGAGUAAAUCUGUUCCGCCACAAGCACGAGAUCGAAAGCGGGCGUACCAGCUCAGUCGGGUUGGAGAUCAUGGGCUUCGACAGCCGAGGCGAAAUAGUCGGCAAUUCGCAGGGUCGGAAGCUCUCCUGGGAAGACAUCGGCAGGCGCUCUGCUAAGGUCAUUUCCUUCUCCGACCUGGCAGGUCACGAGCGGUAUCUGCGUACCACUGUCUUCGGUAUGCUGAGCAGCAGCCCCAACUACUGUUUGCUGAUGGUCGCUGCCAACAACGGUCUUAUCGGAAUGAGCAAGGAGCAUCUGGGUAUUGCUUUGGCCCUUAAUGUGCCUGUCAUGGUCAUUGUCACCAAGAUUGACAUUUGCCCGCCCCAUAUUCUGCAGGAGACCUUGUCCCAGCUGACCAAGAUUCUCAAAUCGCCUGGCGCGCGCAAAAUUCCAAUCUUCGUCAAAGAUAUGGAGGAGACCAUUAACACGGCCACGCAAUUCGUCAGCCAGCGGAUAUGUCCUAUCUUCCAAGUGUCCAAUGUCACAGGAGAGAACCUUGACUUAGUACGGACUUUCCUAAAUAUUCUGCCCCACCGCGGACAAUACGACGCCGAGGGAGCCUUCGAAUUUCUGAUCAACGACACCUUCUCUGUUCCUCAUGUGGGUACAGUUGUCUCGGGUGUGGUCAAAUCCGGUGUCAUUCAUGCCGGAGACUCGGUCAUAGUGGGACCAGACUCGCUCGGCCAGUUCACCACCACAGUCAUCAAGUCGAUUGAGCGUAAGCGUAUCCAGGUGAAUGCUUGCUUUGCCGGCCAGUCUGGAUCUUUCGCCCUGAAGCGCGUCCGCCGGAAGGAAGUGCGCAAGGGCAUGGUAGUGUUGAAAAAGAUGGAGGAGCCUCCAAAGGUGUAUCGGGAAUUCGUCGCGGAGGUCCUCAUUCUUUCUCAUGCAACCACCAUCAAGCCUAAAUAUCAGGCCAUGCUUCAUGUCGGGGCAGUCAGUCAGACAUGUUCGGUCAUUGACAUCGACCGCCCUUUCAUUCGUACUGGAGAUCGAGCGUUAGUCGCGUUCAGGUUCGUACAGCGUCCUGAAUUCUUAGCCCCCGGGGACCGUGUCCUCUUCCGUGAGGGCAAAACGAAAGGACUGGGAAUUGUUAAGAGCAUCGGUUAUGACUCAACGCAACCGUUGAAUCCAAAUGCAAAGGAGGGAGCUUCCACUCCUACACCAACGAUACCUCAUGAUUAGAUUUUGUUUUUGUUUUACUUUACUUUCCAGGGAGUUUCUUUGUUCUUCUUUGUUCCUUCAAGCUUGAUCUUUUUUCUUGCUAAGCGUUAGACAUUGAGUCCUUUUUGUCUGGAUUGUGUUUAUGUUUACCCUGUUAAUACAGUGAUCAAUUGGCUACGAGCUGACUAUAUUAGUUCUAUUAUUACUCCGUACCUUUGCAUCUAUUCCAAGGUUUUGUUCCUGUUACGACUUGCCUGUAGUAUGAGGUCACAUGACAUAUAUUUCAUGACGUCACUCUAUGACAUAGGCCCAGAGGAUCGCCGCUCUCCACGCAGUCCAAUUUAUAUCGUUGGAUUAUCAUUCGCAAGCCAUUGGGAAAUCAGUGGAAUCACAACUGCGGUCUUACGAAAGAAGGGAUCCAUGUGCAAGCCACCCCGUGGCCCAAAA